CGCACCCAAGGCGCAGCGGCCCGGCCCCGCGGCCCCGUGAUGGGCUCCUGCGUGUCGCGAGAUCUGUUCACAAGUGCCCACAAAGACUGCCCCAUGCCCCAGGGCACCGGCCCCCUGAACCCAGACUUGCCCUCCAGCCACCCCUCCGCUGUUGUUACAGACCAUGUCACUGGCAAGGACAAACAGAUGGAUUUCUGUUGGGAUCCUUGGCAGAGGUGCUUCCAGACCACCAACGGCUACCGGUCCGACUCCAGGUCCUGCUCCAGCAACUACAGCGUGGCAGCUCUGGCCACCUCGUCCCUUGUGGGGGUGGUGCAGAGCAUCAAGGACCACAUCACCAAGCCCACGGCCAUGGCGCGUGGCCGCGUGGCCCACCUCAUCGAGUGGAAGGGCUGGCGUGCCCAGCGCUCGGGCUGGGAGCCGACCCCCGCCGAGGAUGAGCACUACUGCUGCCUUCCGGAUGAGCUGCGGGAGGCCCGCUUUGCGGCAGGGGUGGCCGAACAGUUUGCUAUCACAGAGGCCACACUGAGCGCCUGGUCCUCGCUGGACAACGAGGAGCUUCACCCCGAGAACGGCCCUCAGGACAUCGUCCAGCUACAGGACCUGGAGAGUGUCUACCUACAGGACAGUUUUCUGAGCGGCCCCUCGCAGGACGACAGUCUUCUGGCCUUCUCCUCCCCUGGCCUCUCCCCUGAUGGCUGGCCGUCGCCCGAUGAGCCCCCCGUCACAGCUGCCGACCCCCAGCCCCCCAGCCCGGAACAGCAGCAUUGGAGGCCGCUGCCUAGGGGCCCGGGGCCUGAGGGUGGGGCCCACGUGCAGGGCUCCCUCCCCUCGGUGGACAGCAUGUCCCUCUCGGAGGAGGAAGAUGAGGUGUUCUAUAACUGAGGUGGGGGCCAGAUGGCUCAGAGCCGCCUCCUACUGUGACCUUGCCUGGGGGGCAGCCCAGGCAUUAUCAGGACGUUGGGGUCUGGGCUGAGCAUCUCCUGACCCCUCAGGGCAGGCAGAGGGUGGGUGCAGCAGGGAUGGGGGUCCGAGAACUCCCGUGGACCACUGUGUGCCUCCAUGGACCUGCCCCAGCAGUGGGAGCCAUAACCCCCUUCUCCCUUCUUUACUCGGCUCAGGUGGGCACCUUCCCCGCAGGGUCUCUGCCAUCCGUGAGCUCGAGGGUUCUCAGCAGACUCCAGGGCAAGCUGCCCGGAGGCGCCUGCAGCUGGGCCCCCAGGCAGACAGCCGCAGAAGGGCCUAGGAGACCCACUCGGAGUGGGACCUGGGGACCCUGCCUUGACCCCGGGGCUCAGUCCCUCCCCCUCCCUCUGUGUCCGUGCCCUCUAUCCUCCCCCACCUCCCCGCCCCGGGAAGUGGGGCGGCCUCUCUGGUAGCUAAGUGUCUAUUUCUCAGCCUCCUUCACAAGAAUCUCUGUCACUGGAGGGUCUGUUCCUCCCUCACUCUCUGAACCUGCUCCCUGGUGCCCUUACGCCCUUCCCUGCACCCUCCUCCUGAACCCCUGAAGGUUCUCUGCAGACAUUAAAGUGGUGGAUUCACCCAGUGAA